CUGUGUGGGGUCAGCGUUAGUGAUGCCCGUCACAGAGGCAGAGCUGGCAGCCAGGAGCACUUGCCUGGUGCCAGCAGCCUGUGUUUGGUGCACGUUGCCAUGGCCAGCUGGCAUGGCCAGCAACCGCGGGAGGUGGAGCAGGACACUAACAACAUAACAACUGCGUCCAACCCAACAGCAGUGCCCUGCCAAAUUGCCUGUUAUCCCAAGGCUUAGUCAGGGUCAUUAAUUAUUUUAAUGCACGUGGCAUUUUUUCUUUGCCCUCUGGUUUUAAUGUCAGGCUCGCAGUGAAGUCGUACGUGCGAGCUCUCGCACGAUCUUGUGACUUGAGGAGAUGGGGCUUUCAUGGAAAGCAACCCCAGUGAGAUGCAGGAGCCGUACCCAGCAUUGCUGUGGGUCACCAGCCUGCCCUAGGGUGGCCAGGGAAGGGUUUUAUAUAAAACCCAAUAAUAGGGGUUUGUCCCCAGUCCUCAGCUCCCCAGGUAGUUACACAGCACUGCUGUGCAGAUUUGGAAAGGAGCAGCAGUUCCUUGGAGCUGGGGUGAGCUAGGAGGGGGGGGCUGCAAAUGCUUUAGGAACAGGUCCAGAUGCACUGGUGUGGCAGGGGUGCUUGAAGGCAAAUUGCCUUGUCGCAUCGGGAUUUCACCCAGGAGACCUGCCUGGGUGCUGUGGGGUGCUGCUGGGUCCCAGGUGGCUCAGGGGCUUUGUGGGUGCCAUGCCUGGAGCACCUCUGGGUGCCGUGCCUGCUGGUCAGGGUGCAGCCUGGGUUCUGUAUGUGGACUUUCAGGGAAGAUGCCCUCACCCCAGCCUUGCCUUGGGCUCUGCUUUUCCCUGUCCCACUGGAAGAUGCCACAUGGCUGUGGGCUGAGCCAGAGGCUGCAUCAGCCAGGGGACAUCCCUGUUGGAUUUGCUCUGGUUUGGGGUGUCCCUGGCUGGGCAGGGUGCCUUGGCAGUUCCCGCAGACUCAGUCCCCACAGACGGAGGUGAUUCACGUGCCCAGGUGAGGAGACAGAUCCUACCCCGGUUGCAGCCCAGCUGACUAAGGGGAGCCCCAGGGCGUGGAUCAGCCUCUUCCCAUGGCUCCCACCCAAGGGAUUGCCGAGGAGCCUGGUGGCAGCAGGCCCGCCCUCACUCUGCCUUUUCCCAGCCUGGGGCUCCAUGUUUCUCUCAGUCCGCCACUAAGCUGGGGCAGAGGGUGCUGGGGCAUCUCCCUGCAGGGCCAGCACUCGGGGACAGGGUGGGACCUGCCACCCUGCUCUGGGAUGUCUGUCUGGUGGGUUUGGUGCAGGUGGGAGGGUGACCCAGGGAUGCUGCAUCCUCCGGGAGCCAGGAGGGAGGUAGUGGGCACAGGGGCUCAGCCGGGCUAUCUGCAUCCCCAGCUGGAGGACUGCACGCUGCAGGUCUCUCCCUCCGGACACUACCUAGACCUCGACUUGUCCCUGCUGGAGCAGAAGGAUGAUCUGGAGGGUUUCUACGAGGAGGUCAGGAAGGGGAGACGGCCCACCCUGAUCCUGCGCACACAGCUCUCCGUCCGAGUCCACGCUAUCAUUGAGAAGCUGUACAACUCGCAGGGGCCAGAGCUGCGGCGAUCCCUCUUCUCCCUCAAGCAGCUCUUUCAGGAGGACAAGGACCUGGUGCCGGAGUUUGUGAACCUGGAUGGGCUGACGUGCCUGAUCAAAGUAGGCGCAGAGGCCGACCAGAACUACCAGAAUUACAUCCUCCGGGCCUUGAGCCAGAUCAUGCUCUUCGUGGAUGGGAUGCAGGGUGUCAUCAACCACAAUGAGACUGUCCAGUGGCUGUACACGCUGUCGGGAAGCCCAUUUCGCCUGGUGGUGAAGAUGGCACUGAAGCUGCUGCUGGUGUUCGUGGAGUACACGGAGCCCAACGCCCUGCUCCUCAUCCGUGCUGUCAAUGCCGUGGACAGGGCAAGAGGCAUGUGCCCGUGGUCCAACCUGAUGGCCAUCCUGGAGCAACGCAACGGGGCUGACACGGAGCUGCUGGUGUUUGCCAUGACGCUGAUCAACAAGACACUGGCAGCCCUCCCAGACCAGGACACCUUCUACGACGUGACGGACUGCCUGGAGCAGCAGGGCAUGGAGCGGGUGGUGCAGCAGUACCUGGGCAGCAAGGGCACCGACCUCGACUUGAAGCAGCAGUUCACGCUCUACGAAAGCGCUCUGAAGCUGGAGGAUGGGGUAGAGGAGCCACCCCCGGGGGGACGCAAGGAGAGGAGGAGGACGGAAGAGGGCCGGCGUGGGUGGCGAUCCCAGGGUGGCUGCCCGGAGCCUGGCCCCGAUGCCCAGCUGCUGUUGGGGUCUCCUGACACUCCGAAGGAGCCCCUCAUCGAGGACACCCCGGCUGUCCCUACGCCAAGCAGCCUGGCAGAACCCUGUCCCAGCAGCAUCUACAACAGCGCAUCCAGCGUGCGGCUGGCCCUGGCCUCCCCGCCGGCCGAGAAGGAGCAGCCCCCGGGCCCAGGCGAGCGCAGCAUCUACAAGCUGCGCCAAACUGCCCCUGUCUGGCGGGAGGAUGCCCCCUCUUUGCAUGGGGACAAGCCUAUUUUGAGGAAGUUUGAAGCUCGCUUCUUGGAGAACCUGGCUGCAGCCCAGAAGGAGAAGAUCUCUUCCAUGGCCAAGGGACGGCUUGAUGUCCUCGGCGAUGCUGCGCUGGAGCAUCCCACCACUCUUGCGUGGGACAGGGACAGCGGCACCCCUGACCCUGGGAUGGAGCCACCCAGUAUAAGGUCUCGCCUAGCUCGGCCAGACACCACUGACUCCUGCAGCACCAUCUCCUCUGACACCAAGUUUAUGCUGGACAUGCUCUAUGCCAAGGGCUCCUUGGAGCCGGGGAGGGAGAAGGUCUUCUCUGAGGUCCCAUCGUCCCUCCUGGUCCAGGGCGAGGUGGAGAUGGACGCUGAGGGAGGUGGCAGUCGGGAGCAGGAGGGUACCUGGCACCAUGGCAGGGCUCCAGACGGGCCAGUGGCCAGCGCCCACGCCAAGCUGGCACGUGCCAUGUCCAGCGUAGAUGCUGAGACCCACAUGCAGAAACUGGAGAACACUGGGAUGAUGCCCAUCAAGAAGGAUGUGGAGCUGACGUGGGAGCACCUGGAGGCCAGCCCCAUGCAGCUGAAGAUCAAGGACCUGGACUUCACUGAUUUGGGGGAAGAAGAAGACUUUGACAUCUUGGACAAAGGGCCCAUGGCCAAUGGCUCCUUCCUCCCACCCGGUAUUGAAGCUACAAGUGCUGGAGCCCUCAUGGUUCCUCCUCCACCUCCUGCGGUCCCUGGCUGCCCACCACCUCCACCUCCACCUCCUGCGGUCCCUGGCUGCCCACCACCUCCACCUCCACCUCCUGCGAUCCCUGGCUGCCCACCACCUCCACCUCCACCUCCUGCGGUCCCUGGCUGCCCACCCCCCCCAGGACUGCCAGGCCCUCCAGCAACAGAUGGCCCCUCCCAGGCCAAGAAGAAGAGGACAGUGAAGCUCUUCUGGAAGGAGCUGAAGCAGCUGGAUGGCACUGUGGGGCUGGGCAGGUUUGGCCAGGCGACACUGUGGGCGUCCCUGCAGAACGUCGAGGUCAAUGCUGCCAAACUGGAGCAUCUCUUUGAGUCACGGUCAAAGGAAGUGCCAACUUCAAAGAAGGCCAUUGAUGGGAAGAAGGUGGUGGUGGUGCUGGACCCCAAGAGGAGCAAUGCCAUCAACAUUGGCCUCACGGUGCUGCCACCCAUACACAUCAUCAAGACAGCCGUGCUCAACUUUGAUGAGUUUGCGGUCAAUAAGGAAGGGAUUGAGAAAAUCCUGACCAUGGUCCCGACUGAGGAGGAGAAGCAGAAGAUCCAGGAGGCCCAGCUGGCCAACCCUGAUGUGCCUUUGGGCUCUGCAGAGCAGUUCCUGCUCGCCCUCUCUUCCAUCAGUGACCUCACGGCCAGGCUCCAGCUCUGGGCCUUCAAGCUGGACUACGAGAGCCUGGAGCAGGAGAUUGCAGAACCGCUCUUUGAUCUGAAGGUGGGCAUGGAGCAGCUGGCCAGAAAUCACACCUUCAAGUGCAUCCUGGCCACACUGCUGGCCAUGGGCAACUUCUUGAAUGGCUCCCAGAGCAGAGGCUUUGAGCUGGGCUACCUGGAGAAGGUCUCAGAAGUGAAGGACACGGUGCACCGGCAGUCCCUGCUCCACCAUCUCUGCCAGAUGGUGGUAGAGAAGUUCGCAGAAACCACUGACCUCUACUCAGAGAUUGCCUCCAUCACCCGCUCCGCCAAGGUUGACUUUGACGAGCUGGCCAACAGCCUGGUGCAGCUGGAGCGGAGGUGCAGGGCCUCCUGGGACAACCUGAAGGUGAUUGCCAAGCACGAGACCAAGCCGGUGCUGAAGAGCAAGCUGACGGACUUCCUCAAGGACAGCACCCAGCGCAUUGUCGUCUUGAAGGUGGUACACAGGCGCAUCCUCAAUAGGUUUCACUCCUUCCUGCUGUACCUGGGGUACCCAGCAAGCACGGCACGGGAUGUGAAGGUGACACCCAUCUGCAAGCUGCUGCGGGAGUUCGCCCUGGAGUACCGCACCUGCCGGGAGCGUGUCCUGCAGCAGCAGAAGAAACGGGCUGCCCACCGUGAGCGCAACAAGACCCGGGGACGGCUCAUCACUGAGACCGAGAAGUUCUCUGGCAUCGCUGAGACUGCUUCACCACCCGCCGUGGUGUCCAGCGGCCCUGAGGAACAGAUGGAAGCGGGUCAUGAGAGCAUGAAAAGCCUGCUGACCUCCCCCGUGGAUGCCCCUGCCCGCCGCAACCGGGCCAGCCGGGGGACAGGGCACACCACCCCGGCCCAGGGCUCUCCAGCCCAGGAGGACGUUCCCAGCUCCCCAGACGAUGCUUCAGAUGAAAUCAUGGACCGGCUGGUGAAAUCGGUGACUCACAAUGCCAACCCCCGGCCCUGCACCAACAAGGAGCGCAGGAGGUCCCGUGGCAAUAGGAAGUCCUGUAAGUCCUGCUCCUGUCUCUGUACUCUGUCCCAUCUCUGUGGCCCUGCCCAGAUGCUUUUUCCCCAUCUCUGUGUCUGUCCCACCUCUGUGGCCCUGUCCCUGUACCCUGUCCCUGUACCUGUACUCUGUCCCAUCUCAGUGUCCCUGUACCCUGUCUCACCUCUGUGGCCCUGCCUCUGUACUCUUUCCUGUGUCCCUGCCCAGAUGCUCUGUCCCAUCUUUAUGUCCCUGUCCCAUCUCUGUCUCUACCCCUGUGUCCUGUCCCGUUUCUGUUCCCAUGCUCUGUCCCCAUGCCUUGUCCCAUCUCUGUGUCCGUGUCCCCAUGCCCUGCCUGGCGACUUCCCCACUGGCCACCCCUGACCUCCCAUGUUGAGCCCACCAGGCCACAGCAGAAGGUACCCCGAGACCAGACCAUGCCACUGCACCCCAUUGGCACCCCUCCCCUCCCCAGCAUGCCAGGACCACCAUGUCCGGGCAGGCACCCAUCAUGUGGGGACCCUGGCAGCCAGCGCUGCUCGUGCUGUCACUGCCAUGCUCUCCUCUUC